AUGGGCUGUGUUCCUUCCAAGUCGACGCUUCUGAAGAGAACAGAUGAAAAGGAAAAUCUAAAGCAGGAACCCGCGGAUGUCUUCAGUGCCAAGUCGACGGCGAGAAGAAGAAGUAGAAGUGAGAGAGGAGCAACGACGACGACGACGACGACGACGACAACAACAACAACUUCCAUUUGUUCAUCGACUAACGACUUUCUCCUAGCGUAUCCGAACAAGGUAACUCGGAAGGUAUCCCUGAUAAAAGAAUCCAAAGAUGUGAAAACAAUCAAUGAAAAAUACAGAAAAGUAAAGCGAUUAGGCGAAGGUUCGUUCGGGAAAGUCAUGCAUUAUCGUUACAGGGGUAACGGUGAUGAGAAGGAAACGGAUUGCGCCAUCAAAAUUUACAACAAGAAACGAUUGCAAAGAAUACGCUCAUCCAACAACGAACGCACCGCUCUGGACGACGCGUUUAACGAAGCGCAAAUAUUAGUUCAACUCGACCACGAAAACGUGACCAAACUCAUCGAGUUUCUCUGGGACGAAGAGAGUCCGAAACUGUACUUUGUGUUGGAAUAUUGCGCUCUCGGUCCGAUACUAGACGAGGAACGAGAAACGUUUGAGAAGGUCGACUGGAAGACGUGCCUUCGGUACGCUCGAGAUGUGUUUUCCGGAGUUGCAUACAUACACGAGGUCUUAUGCAUAGCUCAUUUAGAUAUCAAACCGCAAAACAUGUUUGUACAUGCGAGCGGAACCGUAAAACUUGGCGACUUUGGCACCGCGGUUAUCCUCUCGAAAGAUACCCGGACGGUACUAAAAACGCCGGGUACGCCCGCAUUCACGGCUCCUGAAUGUUGCGAAGGUAAACCGUACGAUGGCUUUAAGGCGGAUAGUUGGAGCGUAGGCAUGUCUUUUCACGCGAUGAGAACGGGAGGUUAUCAUUACAAGACAGGGAAUUCGUACGAUACGUAUCAGAGAAUAUUACGCGAGGAGGAGGAGGACGAGGCGAAGAAUCCGUUGUCCUUCUCCAAUACGGAGGGCGGUCCAGGAUACGACGCGCAGUUCGCGACGGUCUUGUCUUCUCUGUUAGUCAGAGAUCCAAAAAGGAGACGUGGGAUGGCAGAGGCAAAAGAAGAGAUUGAUCGCUUUUGA